AUGGCGACUCGGCUCGCGGCGCGGAGCCUUGGGGCGCUGCUGGCCCCCCGCCGCUGCGGGCCGCGGCUGCUGCUGCAGCGGGCGCCUCCGGCAGGGCCGAGGGCGACGGGCCCCUUCCCGAGGCGGCUUAGCAGCGCGGGGCCCGCAGCCUCGCCGCUGGUGCGCUCCCAAGGUUUCGUGGGAGGCCGCUGGGUGCCGGGGGCAGCCGCCUUCCCCGUGCAGGACCCGGCUAGCGGCGCGGAGCUGAGCCGGGUGGCCGACUGCGGGGUGGCCGAGGCGCAGGCUGCGGUGAGGGCCGCCUACGAAGCUGGCGCGGCUUGGAGAGCGGUCUCCGCGAAGGAAAGAGCAGCUUUUCUUCGUAAAUGGUACGAUUUGAUGAUAGAGAAUAAAGAUGAGCUUGCAAAGAUCAUUACAGCAGAGAAUGGGAAACCCCUGAAGGAAGCCCAAGGUGAAAUUCUUUACUCUGCUUCCUUCUUGGAAUGGUUUGCAGAAGAAGCUCGGCGCAUUUAUGGUGACAUCAUUGCAUCUAAUGCAAAAGACAGAAGAACCAUGGUACUGAAGCAGCCUGUGGGAGUGGCUGCCAUCAUUACUCCUUGGAAUUUUCCAAGUGCUAUGAUUACACGGAAAGUGGGUGCAGCUUUGGCAGCUGGAUGUACUGUGGUGGUGAAACCAGCAGAAGAUACCCCCUUAUCCGCUUUAGCACUUGCAGAACUUGCAAACAGAGCUGGAAUUCCUGGAGGAGUAUAUAAUGUGGUUCCAUGUUCUAGACAACAGGCAGCAGCAGUUGGGGAAGUACUAUGCACUGACCCUUUGGUAGCCAAAAUCUCUUUUACUGGCUCAACGGCUACAGGAAAGAUACUGCUGCGCCAGGCUGCUGGCACUGUGAAGAGGGUCUCCAUGGAGCUUGGAGGACAUGCUCCUUUCAUCGUGUUCGACAGUGCAGAUGUAGACAAAGCCGUUGCAGGAGCUUUAGCUUCUAAAUACCGAAACUCUGGCCAGACUUGUGUGUGCACAAAUCGCUUCUUGGUACAAAAGGGGAUCCAUGAUGCAUUUGUGGGAAAGUUUGCACAAGCCAUUAAGAAAGAACUUCGAGUUGGGCAUGGGUUCGAUGAAGGGACUACCCAGGGGCCACUUAUUAAUGAAAAAGCUGUGGAAAAAGUUGAACGACACAUUCAAGAUGCAGUUUCCCAGGGAGCAUCCAUAGUUACAGGAGGCAAAAGGCACUGUUAUGGGAAGAACUUCUUUGAGCCAACUCUGCUUAGCAAUGUCACAACAGGCAUGCUGUGUACACAAGAGGAGACGUUUGGUCCUUUGGCUCCAGUUAUCAAGUUUGAUACAGAGGAAGAAGCUCUUGCCAUAGCAAAUUCAGUCAGUGUGGGUUUAGCAGGUUAUUUCUACUCACGAGAUCCUGCCCAGAUUUGGAGAGUUGCAGAGCAGCUGGAGGUUGGAAUGGUUGGUAUUAAUGAAGGACUGCUGUCUGCUGUGGAGUGUCCUUUUGGUGGCGUAAAACAAUCUGGACUAGGAAGAGAAGGUUCAAAAUAUGGCAUUGAUGAAUAUUUAGAAAUUAAAUAUGUCUGUUUUGGCGGUUUACAAUAGCCGUUUGUUAGGAACCUCUAAUCAAUGCCAGGUUAAAAACAUUUGAAAACUGUGCAUAGCAAUAUUUGUUUGUCCCACCCCUUAAAAUGGAAGUUGUAGUGUUUAUGUGUAGAAAUGUGUUAGAACUAUGGUAAUGUUUGUAAAACAAUAACUCUGAAAUUACACUCUGUAUAUAGAUCGGGGUGGACAACUGGUGGUCUGCCAGGAGUUUUGGCCUACAAGUAGUUCAGAGCAUCUCAGAGGCCCAAGCCUGAUAUAGAUUACAAAAUAUAGAUUUACCUGUCCCUCAGUUAUCCAUCCUAACCAUAAUAAAGGGAUAAAUCAUGUGAGUUUCUGAUCUUCAGAGAAAUCUGGAAAUUUUCACUAAUUAAGGUACAUGUUUUUGGAGCAGAUAGAGCAGAAAAAAAGUGCUUCUUUAUACUUUUUUUUCUCACAAGUGUGAAAAUGAAGGUAUCUUUGAUAGCUUGCAUAAUUGUGCCAAAUAUUCAAUUUAAUUCUCUUUCUAACUUUUUCUGGAUGUGUGUCUUAAAAGUUUCUAGAAGAAUUUAAUGCUGUCAAAGGAAAAAAUUGUCAAUUUUUCAUACUAGUCUUCAGCUGUUAGCUGAAACUUAAGUGUCCUUGGAAUCAUAUAUAGAGUUCUUUAAGAAUACAGUAGGACUAGAGCAUCUUCCAGAGAUAUGUUAUUUGUGCUUAGCAGCUGAGUCUUGUGACCAAAUGUUGUACAUUUAUACAAGAGCACAAAGAUACGAGUAUGACCCAGGGCAGGGAUCAGGGAGACUUUUAGUGCAACCUUUCCCAGUCUAGGUCCCUUGAGAUGUUUUGGACCUCAUGCCCAUCAGCUCCAGCCAGCAUAGCCAGUGGUCAGGAAUGCUGGGAAUUGUAAUCCAAAACCAUCUGAAGGGCACUAGUUUGGAGAAGGCUGCUUUGGAGAUUCUGGGAGGCAGUCCUAGAUUGAGCAAUAAGCACAAAUAGAUAAUAGAUCCGUUCAGAUGUGACUGGGUCAGUAGUUCCACAAGGAAGCAGUGACCUGGUUCCCAUGGUGUGAUGGUCCACCAUCAGUUAAUUUACCCAUUGGGGUGGUUGUGUUGCACCCCUUUUUAUGGCUCUUGAUUGAAAAGGUUUGUUGAUACAAACAUAAGAGUGCUUCAUUGACCCCCCUGGCUGUUGAUUCCUUUAUGUUAGCUGCUGACAUAGUUUAGACUAAGCGGGCUGGUCCAUCAGAUCCAUUGUGUGCACUUGGGAAAUGAUGAAGCAAUUGUAUUGACAAUGCCAUAUUGCUGCAUUAAACUGUACAUGCACUUUCUUAACAUUGCAAAGCUUCAUUGAAAGCUCUGCCAUAAGUUUUUAAGGGAACUUCGCUCUAGUUUUUUUUUUUUUAAUCCCAUCAAACAUCUUCAUGAUUAGAAGAGAUAUUUCAGAUGGACUCUGACUUGGACAUGGGGAUACAUCUGCAGGUCUGCAAUGCACAUUAUUCUCCACUAUUCAUGAAACAUAAUCAAGACUUCUUUGGGGGACAGAGAAAAAAUUGUACACUGGUUUUAUUUUUUGUAUAUUUGGACUUAUGAAUUUGACAAGGUUCAGCUGCACUUAGUUUGAAUUAAUUUGUACUACUGGACAAGCAUUGUUCCUGCUUUAAUGUAUUAAGGAAGGAUAGAGCAAAUUGUGGCACCUUUAAGAAGCACAUUUUGUAGCACUAAUUGUUACUCAUUAAAAAAACACACAAGCAACAUCUGCUUUUUGCCUGGUAUCCAUGCCAGCAAACUAGGUAGUUUCUGAAGAAAUCACUGUUCCAAGUGGGAUUGUGAAAAAGGAUAAAAAUUACUAGCUUUUGGGGAGGGCUUUUUUGGGGUUGGGGGUUGUGGAUUUAUGUCUUAUACCAUGGAUAGAUCCUGAGUUACAGGAGAAAUGCCCAUAAAUACUGCCUGCCAUUCCAGCCCAACAUAUGAAUGUAAAUUCAGAUGGCCAAGUGAAGGACUAUUCACAUGGCUGUAAGUAAAAACUUGGGGUGGUAUUUAGCAUUGCUUUUACACGCCUGCUGAUUUUCUUGUUCUCCACAAAUUCCCUUCUGCAAGCUCCGUUUAGUUAUACAAGAGAGUGUUAACAUUUAUGGCAACAACCUUAAAAGAGUUCCCAUAGGGGAGCUCCACUUACCUGCCCCCUUCCAGAAAUAGGGAUUUCUGCAGAUUGUGGAGCUUCCUCUUGUACGUGUUAAAUCCUACGAGCAUAAGUGGUGGGCCUUGCUUGCAGAGGAGAAACUGUGGGGUGCUGGAGAAAGUGUCCUGCUGGAUUCUGUACAUGAAUUCAUUCUCAAAUUUUAUUUUCCUUGAGACAGAUGCUAUAGAUAUAUGUUUCUUUAACUAUCAGGAUCUUCCCACCCCCCAAAUAAAUUAAAAGCUUGAAAGCUCUUGAAAUCUUCCUGGGAUAACAAAGCAAAGCAUCUAUGAGAAGCACAAAUUGUUUGUGGAUGCUACUAGCCUUUACGUCUAAGAAAUUGCUCUAGGGCUGGAUCAUACGGGAUUAUAUGCAGUUUUUGUGUGUAUGUUUACUAUGUUUGAUGUCAAUGUACUGAGAAUUUAUAUUCUGUGAUUCUUAAUAGAAGUGGCUAUUUGAAUUCUUACCAAUUUGCUUGCUUUUUCUUUUCCUGUGAAGUUUGUUAACACCCAUAUCUAUUCAAGAAAGAACUACUGAUGUAAUAAAUGUUGACUUUUCAAA